GAUCCCAUGUUCUUUCUAUAGAGAGGUAAAUUAUACACGUUAACGAUCACAACCCUGCUCGUCCUCAAACACCUAUAUAGUAUAACGGAAAACCAUAAAGUCGAAAGCAUUAUUACAACUUUGCAAGAGUCGGCUAUCUUUCCACGAACAAUCGGAUCUUUUACCGGAGUGUUUAUAUUUUCGUAUUUCCCCGUCCUUUAACACAUUUGACCCUUUAUAGAAAUGACUUCUUGUGUUGAUACAGUUAAUUAUAUGCUGCAGCAUCCUGCUGGUAUAGAUAAAAUUGCUGCGUUAAUAGUAAACGUUGCUCGUUUAAAUCCCCUUGCUGGCAAGGCAAACGGUGAACUUGUGUCUAUGUUAAACGAAUUCAGAUGUAUUUUACGUAUACCUGGAUUAUACAAGCUUCUCGUAAACUUUGACCGUGAGGGCUCGUUAGAGUCUCACUUGAGCAACGCCAUUAAUAUGUGCUAUUAUAUCACAGAGGGGCUUGCAUUUUUGGGAAGCAAGCAAAUUAUUUCUAUGUCCAAAUCCAAAGAAGAUCAGCUGUCGCUCAUUUCUUGUCGCUGCUGGUUGCUCGAUACCCUACUAACUAUUUACCAAUUACUCAAGAAGGUACGCAACACUCAUGAUAAACAAGAUCAAUGGGACUUAGCCGCAAAUGUUGUUAGCCUACCCCUGUGCCUUCACUGGUCUACAGGCAGUGGACUUGGACUUAGCAAACAACAAAUAGGUGCCUUGGGACUUUUUAGUACCGUAGUUCAAGUACGAAAAUUACUUCGUGCUUUGCAUGAAAAAAAACAGCAAUAGAUAUAAAAUUUUUUUUCUUUCUCACAGAAAUAUCUUCAAAGCAUAUUCAAGCCAAAAUCUUAAACUCGUGCUGAAUCUUUAUAUUAUGGAUGGAC